AUGGGCUUGGAGGAUACCUCAUCAAGACGACUAGCUAGUGUCCGCGAUAUGCCCGAAAUUCGCCCAGGCUAUGUGGUUCUCGCUUCUUGCCCGCUUCCGGAUGUCCGACAGUUGAGACCGAGGCCGUACGUAGCGCUCUUUUGCAAACAAAAAUACGUUAUCAGUUUGUGAGUACCCCUCUGAAGAGACCCAUUCAGCACAAUCUCUGUUCAUACAUUCAUAUAGGCCAUUCGUCUCACUUGGGUUAUUCGGGUCGUUCGACGAUGCAUGUCGUUAUCAUGAGAGAGAGCCAGAUUCCUACUACCCAAUUGCGCCCGACGAAAAUGGCGGUAUCUAUGACCCUAUAAGAAUGGCAUCGGGGUCUUUUUCCGGAUAUAUUGAUCUCCUAUGCCCAACCACGCUUGGAAAGCACUCAAUCGAGUGGCAUCAGAACAUGGGCAGGAUCUCCGACGAGGAUCUCACAAAAGUCACUGAUGCUCAUAAAGGCCUUGUGUGGGGCGUAGAGGAGCCCCCCCACAAAGAAACGGUCACUCCGCCUUUGGUGGACGUGUCUUCUGGAAACCCUUUGCUUUCGCAAUCAGACCCUGGCUCGACCCGUAAUACGUGCAGGAUUCCCCGAAUCCGGCGCCGCCGCUCCACUCCCAUAGUUAGAUCCUAUAACCGUGAUUGCGCACACGACCAAGGCGACGGGGAGGGGUGUGGGGCCAAUAGAGAUCCCUGGGACCCAACUGCACAAGUCCACCGGAAAACCAGCCCUCAAAAUAGCAGGCGGAAGCAUAAACGGAAACGACAGGAUCAUAGUGAAAGCCCAUUGAAGAGAGCACGCCAUCUAAGCCUUGAUUCAAGAGAUAUCAUCCGGGGCUCAGGAAAACGCACUAAAAGAGGACGUUUAAGCGAUAGUCGUGUGAAGCUGGCGGCGGGGGAUUGGAGCAGUUGCGGACCCUUAGAAGCUGCACCUACGCUAUCCCCGGAAAGUGCCCAGUCAUGGACUUGGUCAGGCACCUCGAGUGAGACGGAAGAAGCCUGGGGGGGGAUGGAAGAAGAAAGCAGAGGCCAGGAAGAGAUGGCAAUACCGAAUAUACCAUCCAGCCCCAGAGCCCUCACAAUGACUCUCCCCCCCGAUGGCCAAGGAUCACUCCCCCAAAGUCAUCACACAUCACCACUACUAUCACCAUUGCACGCGGGACGCUCCCUCAAUGCCUCUACAUCCACGGAAAUUGAUACCGCCUCCGCAGGAGCCAGCAAUUUCCUGCCAAAUCCGGAUGGCGACAAGCGUCGUCAGGUUUCUCACCACCGUUACCUUCAGACAUGCCCCCGCCUCUGCUAA